AUGACACAACAACAAGAAGAAAAGUAUAUACAAAAGAAACGAAGCCAAACACAAAAUAUCAGAAAUUCAACACAAUUUACCCUCAUUCCUGGUACAAAAGUUCGUGUAGUUCUUGACGACAAACCGUUGACAAAGAAACGUUUAAGGUUAAGUAGAAACUAUUAUAUCGUAGACUCUACGCAAGGUAAUGGAUAUCUUAUAAAAGCUGCCGACGACUCUAUUGCGUUUUAUCCUCGUCAUAAAUUAGUUGAAAGUAGUAAUGGCAAACUUGCUGAAACCAUUGACGAAGCAAAGCGAGGAGUGGUUAUUGAAAUACUUGGCUACAACAUAAACGAUGACACUUAUAAAGUAAGAUAUGAAGGAGGCGUUGAAGAUGUUAUACCAUCUAAGAACUUGAGAGAGUCGAAGCCAACACAUCUGGGACCAUUAGAGCGGGAGUACUGGAAAGACAAAAAUAUGCCAGAAAGAAUAAGAAAAUUCUUCUAA